UCUCUCUUUUCCCUUCAGUGGAGCGUUUGCACCAACCACAGCAGCAGAUUGAAUGAGUCUCUGCAGGCAGUUGGACACACGGAGGACUGACCUGUGCUCAGGAUGACACAGAUGUGCAGCAGCCUGGGUGAAGGCAUUAUCUGGAGCGACUCGUUUCUACUGUAAGACGCAGAGGAAGACACGGAGACAGAAGGAGGCUGCGGGGCCUUGAGAGGAGCAAUCUCCGCCUUGAUCGUAUCUGGACACUGGCAGCCCCCCCCCUCCACUCUCUAUUUUCUCCUAGUGCAUGGUUGAUAAAGAACUUGGAAAGGAAAUAGUCAAGAUGGCAGCUGUGCACGAAGUGAUCAGGCUGAUGUGCACACAUUAGAUGAAGUCAUUGUGGUUUUCGUUCGGGCAUGCACGUCACAGGAUCGCGGUGCAGGAGCUGGACGAGGGCGUCUUUGCAGAAGGGGAGCGACUCGAGACUUCCUCAGCUUUUAGCUGAACAUUUGCGGGGGGAGAUCUGUGCGUGUUGGUGAAGGUGUGGGGUUUAGAUGCUAAGUGGAAGCUGCUGUGCUCUGUGUGAGUGUGUUUGCACUGCGGACUGACGCCCUGCAGAAGGACAGAGCCACCGACACGUGUAGUCGCUGGAGCAGCGGAGGCUGCAGGACAUUACAUGAAAACGUGCCCCCCCCCCUGAAAACUGCACACAACAUUGAUGGAAUGCGACCCGAGUAAUUUCCUGUCCCUUUGCCCAUCGACUGAACAGACAUUGCGGUUAACAUGGCCGAGGCGACGAGCGUCGAAAACGAGCCCCCUCUGAAGGUGGAGAUCGACCCGGAUUUUGAGCCUCAGAAGCGACCACGCUCCUGCACUUGGCCGCUGCCCCGUCCGGAGUCCGGUGCGGGCAAACCCGGGACCAAUGACACUGACGUAAUCCCUGAAGAAGAUGAUGAUGAGGAGGAGGAUGGAGGAGGAGGAGCUGCUCACAAAGCCAGCGCUGGUGUAAGUAAACCGCGGGAGUUGAGCUGCAGCAGCAGCGGGGGCUUCAGCUCCGUCUCCCAGCCAGUGGAGGUGCAGCGCGGCCCCCGGAAAGAGGAACUCAUCGACGGCUCCCCUUCCUCGGCUCAGCAGACCCCGGCCGCGGCUCUGAGCGGCUCUGCCUCCCAGCAGCUGAGAAAGUCCUCCGCCCGCAGAAACGCCUGGGGCAACUAUUCCUAUGCAGACCUAAUCACCCAGGCCAUCGAGAGCUCCCCGGAGAAACGACUGACCUUGUCCCAGAUCUACGACUGGAUGGUGAGAUCUGUACCGUACUUCAAGGACAAAGGCGACAGCAACAGCUCUGCAGGCUGGAAGAAUUCCAUCCGACACAACUUGUCACUGCACAGCCGUUUUGUCAAAGUUCAAAAUGAAGGCACAGGGAAAAGUUCCUGGUGGAUGGUCAACCCAGAAGGCGGCAAAGGAGGGAAAGCUCCACGUCGCCGGGCCGUAUCGAUGGAUAACAGUAAAUACAUCAAAGGAGCUCGAGGACGAGCCACCAAGAAAAAAGCCUCACUGCAGGCGGCUCAAGAUGGCAGCUCUGAAAGCUCCUCCAGCCUCUCAAAAUGGACAGGAAGUCCAACCUCCCGAAGUAGUGACGAGCUGGAUGCCUGGACGGACUUCCGCUCCAGGACAAAUUCUAAUGCCAGCACCCUCAGCGGUCGUCUGUCCCCAAUCCUGGCCAACCUGGAGCUGGACGAGGUCCCGGAUGAUGACUCUCCCCUUUCCCCAAUGCUGUACUCGAGUCCCAGCAGUAUGUCUCCGUCCACUGGUCCCACAGGUCUGUCUGACCUGGCAGGUACCAUGAACCUUAACGAUGGUCUCUCUGACAACCUGAUGGACGACCUUUUAGACAAUAUCAGCCUGACAGCAUCCCAGCAGCCUCCUCCUGGAGAGGAAGACAACGGAGUUAAUGGUCAGGGGAGUUCCCUGUUUACCUUCAGCUGCUCAGGAAGCAACCUGGGAAGUCCCUCUGGCAGCUAUGGCUCAAACACUCUUUUCAGCCCACCUUCCAUCACAAGCUUGCGACAGUCACCCAUGCAGACCAUUCAGGAGAACAAACAGACCACGUUUUCCUGUAUCUCACACUUCAGCGACCACCAGAGUCUGCAAGACAUGCUCAGUCUGGACUCCCCCGGCCACAGCAAUGUCCUCCUAACCCAGUCUGACCCUCUGAUGUCGCAGGCCAGUACCGCCAUUGCUCUGCAAAACUCUCGCCGAAAUGCCAUGCUGCUGCGCAAAGACCACAUGCUGAUCAGUGCAGGUCAGGCUCAAAGCUCUUCAGUGCCUGGUUGGCAAGCUGGCUUGUCAACCUCUGACAGCGAUGGCGGUCACCGUGAAGCCAAGAGGCCACUCCUGAAGUCACCCAGCAAGAAUGCAGCCUCUAUGCAGCUCAGCUCCAGCCAGGACCGCUUUCCAGCCGAUCUGGACCUUGAUGUGUUUAAUGGCAGCCUGGACUGUGACAUGGACUCUAUCAUUCGCAAUGAACUGAUGGAAGCUGAUUGCCUGGACCUCAGCUUCGAUUCUUGCCUGACCUCUGCUCAGAAUGCCAACAAGAGUUCAGGAAGCUUCUCGAGCUCAAAACAGACCUCGCCAGAAAGCUGGGUGCCAAGCUGAGCAGCUCUGCUGAGCAGAGUCUUAGACUGUGUAUAAGAAAUGGAUGUAGCCAUCUGUGUGGAAUGUUAUAUUUUAGGGAUGUUGUAAAGGAAAAUAGGGCUGUUGUGGUUAAGACUUGCUAGUUAAACGUUUCUUGUCACCACACUUUGUUAAUGUGCAGUUAUGAUACUAAAGUAAAUAAAGGGUUCAAGGUUAAUAAAAAAAAUUCAUAUUCCUAUGUGAAGGUAAACCUUAUUCCUAAUUGUAGACAUUAACAUACAAAAUACAUUAACUCAAGUCUCACACAUUAAACAUUUAAUUACUUUAUGUAAUUUCACAGACACCAGAGUAAGAGGGACACAAGUACAGGCUUUGUGCAAAGCUAACUGCUAGGCUUCAACCACCUAUAUUUGUGAAUCAACAUUAAAAAAAAAAAAAAAAUCAGCAAAUUGUCACUAGCAAAAAACAACAAUAUGAAUGAAUAAAAAUCAUUGUUCUUAGUAGAUUUAUUUUGCUGCGUAGUAGCUAUAAUCAUGUUUUAGAGGGAAUUAGCUUUAUUAUUUGCAUUAGCAUUACCAAAAAAUUAAAGAAGUUCACCUUCAUAGCCGCACUAUAUUUUUAGGCCACACAAUAGUUUCUGUUCUUCUGUCUAUUUCUCCAUUUAUAAUAUCAGUUUACAUUUUCCUGCAAGUUUAGUCCUAAUCACUAGUUUUUAUUUCAUCUCAAAUUGUAUUUAAUAGAAAACUUGUAACGAGUUAUUUCGUUUAAAGGACAAUGUACAAUAAACAGGAGGACAUUCAUAGAUGUGGUAGCUGUUGGUGUUUAAUUUGCAGCUCAGCUUUAAUUUGACAUUCAAGCAAUCACUUACUGUAUGAUUAGCUAGUGUCCACAGGUCCUCUCUAAUGAUAGGUCGAUUGAUCGAUAAAUAAAUGAGUACAAAAUUGGUUGACAACUAUUUAACGUUUGUGUAGUAAGUUUUGUGGAAAAGGGCAACAUUAGUGAUGUAACAUGAAUAUAUUCUUGAUUUUUAUUGGGAAAAUGAAAAUAGAAGCAGAAGUAGUUAUUUUAUAUUUCUGAACAUUUCUACAGAUGUACUUGCCAGAACUUAACUUGUCUAAACAUAUUGCCACAUUAAUUUCUUAUAUACAGUCUACGGUCAAUGCUUUG